AUGGGAUCGCAUUGGCAAUCUGGUGACGCGAAAACCCAAGCGGCUCGCAUCAUACACAUACUGGCGUCGCUGCUGACGUUGGUGGUGGGCCUUAUACACGUUCUACAGAAGAAGCCCCGCGUCCACUGGCCGGACAAGUUCACUGACGAUCUUAACGCGGCAACCUGGAGGGCGACCAUGUUCAGUCUUGCGCCUCUAGUUCUUGUUGACAACUGGACUGCGGUUGCAAUGGGCAUUUGGGGCCUUCUUGCCCACAUGAAACAAGCGGGGUCCUUCUUGGGCGCGCCCACCGUCGAUAUGCUGAAUGCCGGAGUGUACCUCGUUAUAAUGGGCUUAUGGGCUACAAUUGCUUAUGCUGGAGGAAUAGGUGUGAUAUUUUCGUGUGUGACAUUCCUAGGAGCCCUCGUUUGUUUAAUACUGGCAUUUGUUGACAAUCAAAGCGCAUCAUUAGCGCUCAAUUAA